CCAGCCCUGUGUUCAGGCCAGGUCCUCACCCAGCGGUCUGGGGUGCUCAGCAGCCCUGAGUACCCCCAGCCGUACCCCAGACUCUCCAGCUGCAGCUACCGCAUCCAGCUGGAGGAGGGCUUCAGCGUCACCCUGGACUUCGUGGAAUCCUUUGACGUGGAGACACACCCCGAAGCCCGGUGUCCCUAUGACUCGCUCCAGAUUCAAGCAGGCGGGGAGGAGUACGGCCCGUUUUGCGGGCAGACGCUGCCCAGCAGAAUUGACACCAAGAGCAACGCCGUGAACAUCUCCUUUGUCACCGACCAGUCAGGGGACAACACCGGCUGGAAGAUUCACUACAGCAGCACAGCCCAGCCUUGUCCUGACCCUGUGGCGCCUCCUCAUGGCCACAUCUCGCCCAUGCAAGACAGAUACGUCCUGAGGGACAGCUUCUCCGUCUCCUGUGACCCUGGGUACGAGCUGCUGCGGGGCCCUUUGGCGCUGAGGUCAUUCACGGCAGUGUGUCAGAAAGAUGGCUCCUGGGACCAGCGGAUGCCAGAGUGCAGCGUGGUCGACUGCGGCCCUCCUGAUGGUCUGCCUAACGGCGAGGCCGCGUACCUGUCAGGCCCAGAAGCCACCACGUACAAAGCCGCGAUUCAGUACCGCUGCAAGGACUUGUACUCGAUGAGAGCUGGUGACGGGAAGUAUCUGUGUGAGGCUGAUGGAUUCUGGACCAACUCCCAAGGAGAAAAAUCACUCCCAGUCUGUGAGCCUGUCUGUGGGCUGUCCACCCGCACCACGGAGGGCCGCAUCUUCGGAGGGCAAGCCGCAAAGCCGGGCCACUUCCCUUGGCAGGUGCUGCUGGCGGGGGAGACGCAGGCGGCGGGCGCGCUCCUGGGCGACAGCUGGGUGCUCACGGCGGCUCACGCCGUGUAUGAGCAGAGAGGGGCGGCCGGUGCCUUGGACAUCAGGAUGGGCGUCCUCAGGAGGCUGUCGCCCCAGCACGUGCGAGCCCGGGCCCAGGCCGUCUUCAUACACGAUCGCUACACCCAUGGCGCCGGGUUCGACAACGACAUCGCGUUGAUCAAACUGCAGGACGCCGUGGCCAUCAGUGAAGACGUCCUGCCGGUCUGUCUGCCGAAGGAAGCGGCAGAGUCCUUUGCGGGGACGGGCGACAUCGGCACCGUCUCUGGGUGGGGACUGACUCAGAGGGGCUUUCCGGCCAGGAACCUGAUGUUUGUGGACGUGCCCGUCGUCGACCACGGGCAAUGUGCUGCCGCUUACGAGAAGGCGGCCUACCCCGGCGUCCGGGUGACGGAGAACAUGCUCUGCGCGGGCGUCGAGGGCGGGGGCAAGGACAGCUGCCGGGGGGACAGCGGCGGGGCGCUCGUGUUUCUCGACGACGAGACCGAGAGGUGGUGUGUAGGGGGCAUAGUGUCCUGGGGCUCCAUGCGCUGUGGGGAGGCAGACCAGUAUGGGGUCUACACAAAAGUGGCCAACUAUCUUCCCUGGAUCAGGAACAUCACUAGUAGUUUCUAAUUUGUCUUUCAUCAGAAACGGCUGCUUGAAACUAUUAACUAUUGAACUAUUAAAACAGUUUUGGCAUUUA